CGCCUCUCUCUUUCCUCUCCGGCUUCCCCUGUUGUACUUUUCCUUCACUCCAACACUUGCAUCUCCUACCUUGUAAGUCUCCUCCUCCUCUUCUUCUACUUCAUAGCUUGCUUCCCACCGCGCCUUUCGGUCUUGUUGAGGUUCUUCAUCUCCCCUGACAAGGAAAGAAGAGAUCUUCCAGGACCCCAUAAGAAAGCUGGCACCUUUUCACCAAAUAUUACUCUUUUUCUUCUCCGUCUCAGGAUUCCUCUGUUCUUUGGUUGGAUUGGGAUUUUAAUUCCGACAAUUUUGUGACGCGCUUUGCAUUGUUGAGUUAAUGCUGGUUUCUUAGUUCCAGAAGGAUGGGAGACCAUCUUACUUUGCUUGUGGACCACCUGCUUACUGAAUCAACUCUGCAAGCAGCCAUUGGGAAUAGAAAAGGAUGCCAGAAUUCUUCGACUUCGACAUCCUUGGACGAAGGAGGCAAAGGGUUUGCGCAGAAGAGGAGCUUCAGGGAUGAGGAUUCUGUGGGGAAGUUGGUUGAGUGCCGAAUUUGUCAAGAAGAUGAUGUAGAUUGCAACAUGGAGAUACCUUGCUCUUGCUGUGGCAGCAUGAAGUUUGCCCAUCGUGAAUGUGUUCAAAGAUGGUGUAAUGAGAAGGGUGAUACUAUCUGUGAGAUUUGCCUGCAGCAAUUUAAGCCAGGUUACACAGCUCCGCAAAAGUUGCUUCAGUACGGGAGUUCUCCAAUGAACUUUAGAGGAAAUUGGGACAUUAUGCGACGAAGUUUCCGUGAUUCUCAAAUCUUAGCACUAGUUCCCUCUGAACGCAACAACAUUAAUUCAGGCUAUGAUGAUAUUUUAGUUGGAGGCACUAGAAGUACAUCCUAUUGCCAGUCAGUUGCUGUGAUAUUUAUGUUUCUGUUGUUCCUCCGCCAUACUCUUCCUCUCAUGAUCACGGGAGCUGAGCAAUACUCGUUCACUCUGUUCUUGAUAAUGGUGUUGAGGGUUGCUGGAUUGCUUUUGCUAUUCUUUGUAAUGGUUAAAGCAGUAAGGACAUUUCGACAUCAUGGCCGCCGCCAACUGGGAGUUUGGGAAAUGUUCGAUCAAUCUUAUGUAGAAGACAGUGAUUGAAGCAGUCCAUGCAGCUAGUGCAGUCUCAGCCUCAUUAGAGUGGCAGAUCGAAGGGCCAGAGCCAGAGAAUGAUGCCAAUGGAGCAUUUGGGAAAGAACAAGAGAAAGUGGAGAAUAGAAAAAUGUGCCUUUAGUUGGGUCUAUAAUGACUCGGCUAUGUACAUAGAAUGGUGAAGGAACGCGUGUUUUCAAUUGCUUGAAAAAUGAAGAAAAAAAUUUACCCUUUGGCC